AUGCGUAAAAGAUGGAUCCGUCGGAGGCUAAUUGUCAUCGUUUUCACCUUCUUCAUCAUAGUCAUCGUGGAUUUCCAAUUACGCGCGAGCAGCUUUUCCAAAAUCAACGUGGAUCAGUCCCUGGCACCAGACGCGCCGCGCAGCUUCAUCCCCCGCGGGGACGCACAGAGCUCCUGGUCCAGCAGCAGCAGAGGACAGUCCCAGCAUCCUGACAGGAGCGGAGGAGUGUCUGAAGGUCCAAACGUUACUCUGGAGGACAUCUACAUAGCUGUGAAGACCACCGGGAGGUUCCACAAGACGCGGCUCGCGCUUCUUUUGGAGACGUGGAUCUCUAGGACCAAAACGCAUACAUUUAUCUUCACAGACACUGAGGACAAAGACAUACAAGGUUACAAGUUGGUGGUAACAAGCUGCCACUCAGACCACAGCCAGCAGGCUCUGUCCUGCAAGAUGUCCGCGGAGUAUGAUGGUUUCAUGGCCUCAAACAAGAGAUGGUUUUGUCAUGUAGACGACGAUAACUACGUGAACCCAGAGGCUCUUCUCGCUCUGCUCUCAGCCUUUCCCCAGGAAGGCGACGUCUACGUGGGCAAACCAAGUCUGGACAAACCCAUCACUGCGCACGAGCUGCUCCAGGGAAACGCAACGAGGACAGUGCAGUUCUGGUUCGCUACGGGAGGAGCAGGUUUCUGUUUGAGUCGAAGGCUGGCAGAAAAGAUGUCUCCAUGGGCCAGUGGUUCCCGCUUCGAGCAAACAUCAGCGACAAUCCGCCUCCCUGACGACUGCACAGUGGGCUUCAUAGUCGAGAAAAGGCUGGGCAUCUCCAUGGUUCACAGUCCUUUAUUUCACUCCCAUCUAGAAAAUCUGCAGCUCAUAAGUCAAAGAAGCAUACCGCAGCAGGUAACCCUGAGCUAUGGGAUGUUUGAGAACAAGAUGAACAGCAUUGAGGUAAAAGGAAGCUUCUCUAAAGAAGAAGAUCCCUCCAGGUUUAAGACUGUCCACUGUUUGCUGUUUCCUCUCACCAGCUGGUGUCCUUGA